AACAUCAUGUCCGUGACCAGGAGCACAAUCAGACCUUAAUAGAAAGCAAUCAUCACUCCGGGGAAAGUCGCACUUUGGGGCCGAAAGCGGCGCCAUUUGGAACCAAGCGCGCAGACAGUCUGCAAACAGCUGCCUUUGCUGCACCGAAGCAGCUUCAGGUGCUGCUCCAGAGCUCAUUGCUGUGAUUCACCGGUGCGCCUAUACAAAAACCAAAAAUUGUUUACUUCCUUAGAAUAAAAGGAAUUCAAAGCUCUAUCUCUACUGGUGAUCGGGGUCACCUUGAGUGGGAUCUAUGGGAAAACUGGAGCUCAGCUUUUCUCCUCUUCCUUGCCUCGGUGUAGUGGGAGCUCUCCUUCAGGAUUUAUUUUGGCUGUAAAUUCACACUUUUUUCAUUUUUGGGGGGGUACUGCACUUGGUCACCUGGACACUUUUCACCACGGGUCUCUGGGAGUGAUGGCGGCGUCUGCACCUUCUUCCUCCUCCUCUUCCUCCGUCGCAGGAGCGGAUCCCAACUCGACAAAUUUACGGCCGCCGGGCUCAAGUUAUGAUGCGUGGUGUGGAGUUGCUCAUGGAUGUACCAGGAAAUUGGGAAUGAAGAUCUGUGGGUUUCUGCAGAAGAACAACAGUCUGGAGGAGAGGGGCAGGACUGUGGGCUCCUUGAAGGAGCGCACGGCUAAAAACCUGAUGGCCUGUGAUAACGCAGGAGGAGAUGCGCAUUUCAGGCGGACUGAGACCGACUUCUCCAACCUUUAUGCCAGAGAUCUGCUACCUUCAAAAAAUGGAGAGGAGCCAACCAUGCAGUUCUUGCUGGAGGUUGUUGAAAUCCUCACCAGCUACAUCCGGAAGACCUUUGAUAGAUCCACCAAGGUCCUUGACUUCCACCAUCCUCACCAGCUGUUGGAGGGCAUGGAGGGCUUCAACCUGGAGCUCUCUGACCAGCCAGAGUCUCUGGAGCAAAUUCUAGUGGAUUGCAGGGAUACUCUGAAAUAUGGAGUGAGAACAGGACACCCCAGGUUCUUUAACCAGCUGUCCACUGGAUUAGACAUCGUAGGCUUGGCAGGCGAGUGGCUCACUUCCACAUCCAACACUAAUAUGUUCACUUAUGAGAUCGCCCCUGUUUUUGUGCUAAUGGAGCAGCUGACACUCAAAAAGAUGCGGGAGAUAAUCGGCUGGCCCAAUGGAGAGGGAGAUGGAAUAUUUUCUCCAGGCGGUGCCAUCUCCAACAUGUACAGCGUGAUGAUAGCCAGAUACAAGUUCUUCCCUGAAGUCAAAACCAAAGGCAUGGCAGCAGCACCCCGGCUGGUGCUCUUCACUUCAGAGCAUAGCCACUAUUCUAUCAAGAAAGCAAGUGCAGCUCUAGGCUUUGGAACAGAGAACCUUAUCCUUCUAAACACAGAUGAGAGAGGGAGAGUCAUUCCUGCUGAUCUGGAGGCAAAAGUAAUUGAGGCCAAGCAAAAGGGGUAUGUUCCAAUGUUUGUGAAUGCCACUGCCGGUACCACUGUCUAUGGAGCUUUUGACCCCAUUAAUGAGAUCGCAGACAUCUGUGAAAAGUAUAACAUAUGGCUUCAUGUGGAUGCUGCAUGGGGAGGAGGUUUGUUGAUGUCCAGGAAACACAAACACAAACUGAAUGGAGUGGAAAGGGCAAACUCUGUUACCUGGAACCCUCACAAGAUGAUGGGAGUGCCACUGCAGUGCUCUGCCGUUCUGGUCAGAGAGAGGGGGCUAUUACAAGGCUGCAACUCCAUGUGUGCAGGUUACCUGUUCCAGCAAGACAAACAGUAUGAUGUCUCAUAUGACACAGGGGAUAAAGCCAUUCAGUGUGGCCGCCAUGUUGAUAUCUUCAAGUUCUGGCUCAUGUGGAAGGCUAAGGGAACCGUAGGAUUUGAGCAGCACAUUGAUAAGUGCUUGGAUCUGUCAAUGUACCUCUACGACAGGAUCAAAAACAGAGAGGGAUUUGAGAUGGUUUUCAAAUCAGAGCCACAGCACACUAAUGUCUGCUUCUGGUACAUUCCACCGAGCCUUCGCGGCAUGCCUGAUGGCAAAGAGAAGUGCGAGAGACUGCACAAGGUGGCUCCCAAGAUCAAGGCUUUGAUGAUGGAGUCCGGCACCACCAUGGUUGGUUACCAACCGCAAGGAGACAAAGUCAACUUCUUCCGCAUGGUGAUCUCAAACCCUGCAGCCACCAGGUCAGACAUCGACUUCCUGAUCGAGGAGAUUGAGCGACUGGGCCUUGAACUGUGAGAGACAUCUGCAGAUCAUGUUCUCCAACAAGAACGAGCCUCAAGCUUUGCUUUAUGCUCCAUUUGCCUUUUAAGAAUAUUGAAAUUUAUGCUUACAGGUGUUUUCUGGUAAUGCACAACUAAUAAUAGUAAACCUGGCGUGUUUCUGUCAGUCCUGUCUUUAGCAAAAGUGAUGUAUGUAUUUUAAAACAUUUGCACAUCCAACAAAAAAAGAAAGAAAUAGAGCACAGUGGCAUUCUUGUUUGUUAUGCAAAAUGGAAAUAAACCCCAUCGUCAAGGUGAGGAAAUUGAAAUGGGGCCAUUUUCAUGUAGAAAUAAACCUGUUUACAAAGAAAAUGAAAUAUUGUAAAAAAAAAAUAAAUAAAAAAAUCUAUUCAUAGAUUACAUAAAGCUAUGUUAAAAUUAGUAUAUCAAAUACAUUAGAUGAUUUAUAAAAGAAAAAUAAAUGUUUUAUUGUUUAGAGAAUAACAGAUGGCGGAGUCAGUUUAGUACUGUGUGCAUAAAUAUACAUACAUUAACUAUAAUAUUAUAUGAGAUAAGAAAUUAAUUGAAGGCAAUUUGGGGAUUUAAUCUUUUCUUGUAUUUUGAUGAUGCUACUAAGAGAAUCAGUUACAAAAAAUGUACAUAAGAAUUUAAAAUGCAAACAGAAAUGUUGGAUGUUAAUGCACAGACACAUCCAAUGCUUGAACUAUUUGGAAGUAAUUAUUUUACUUUUUUUUAAGAUCAACUGAGAGUUUUGAAUCAUAUGUUAUCAACUGCUAACUGUUAGCUGGAUUUAUGGAGCCUAAGGCAUUAAUCACUUAACUUUACGUAAGCAAUAACAUUGUAUUUUUUCAUUAGUAGAGAUCCUGACAAAAUCAUUUUUCAGAUUGUGUGUAAUAUUAAAGAAGGGGAUAGACAUCUUUUUUUUUUUUUUUGCCUUGAUCUAAAAGUUAUUGUUAGCACAGCAGCUCAGGUGGCAGCUGCAGGUAGAUAGAAAAGCAGCAGGUGCAAUUAUUUGUCACUUCUUAUUAGAUUUUCACCAGGUAUGCUGAUGACAACACUAUGUUGUUUAGCUCAGUCUUGCAGAGGGAAUAUGUUCUGUAUUGGAGAUUCGUUUCCAUUAUGAGUUGGUUACCAACAGCGAAAAGACACAGCCAGCUUCUUUGGUGCAUGUUUGAGUCAUUCCGUAUUUACAUCAGAAACCAGUACUGUGAGAAUUUGCUCAUCUUUUGGGCUCCUAGACAAGUAUAUGCUUCUACAACCAUCAUGUUUGAAAACUGUAGAAAGGUACUGUACCUUCGAUGCACCUUGUUAGUUAUUGUGACUUGAAAAAUAAAAAAGCAAAACUAUCAAAGAUAAAUAAAACAAACAAAUGCAUGUUUGGUGAGAUGGUUGCCCCUUUUACAGAUGUCUCGUUUUUAUCAUUUUAAUCACACUUAAAUGUUUGAGAUCAUCAAACAUAUUUUAAGAUCAAAUCAAGAUAACUUGAGUAAAUGUACGACACCAUUUUCAAAUUAUUUUUUUUUAUUAAAUAAAAUAUACUCAAAUUAAUCUUCCCCCAUGGGUAAAGGUAAUAUCUCUCUAAAUGUCAUAACUGAUUGUUCUACCUUUGGCUUCAUCAAUCAGUGUUUUACAUAACUCUGGGGGAAUCUAGAUUUUUUGACUCACUCUGCGUCAAACUGUUUUUUUUAAUUAGGAAAUGUUAUUUGAGUAUAAAAGGCCUAUUUAAUGUUAUGCGAUUGGACAUAAACCAGAUUUAUAUCUUGGCUUUAAAUUGGCUUUUCCAAACUCUUAUUUCCCCUUCAAGUAUUCAAUAAAAACUUGAUUUUACUGGAGGUUGUUUGGAGCAUUGUCCUACAGAAUGACACAAAUUCAUUUUGUGAUUAAGUUCAAACUGUUAGUCAGAGAUUCUCCUUUUGUGGUUUUUGUUUACUUACACAGACACAGGUGUUCUUCAGUGAUGAAUUUGUUAUUAACAGAAACCAGUUGCCUACAAUACAGGUUCAAACCAGCAAGUGUGACCAGCUCAGAGCUCCACCUGGCUGCAUGACGUAAUGCUCAAUGUUCACAUACAGUAGAAUAUUCUAGAACUUUGUGGAAAAUGCAAGGAUCAGAAACUUCCAGAGAAAUUCAGAACUAACCAGAACAUUCAAGAUCAUACUGCAAAAAAAAUGGUUUAAGAUAUUUGGGAAAGUUAUAGAAAGUUCCAGAACAGGCAGGAAACAAGCAGGACAGUAAACAAAUGAACCAUUCUAGAUUAUUACACCCAUUACACCCCACCGCCAUGUUAGAGCAUUGCUUUUAUUUCUGUUUUUCUAAAUUUCUUUGUCAGUCUUGCACCAGAUACCUUUCAAAAAAUCCACUUUUGUUUCUUCAGUCCAGAGGGUAAUUUUUCCAAACCUCCUGGGGAUUAUAAAAGGUUAUUUAUAGGCUGUACAUGUAUUUCAAUUUUUUCUCAAGAGGGGUUUCCCAUUAAAAUACUUCAUUAGCUUUUUAACGAAAGCUAAAUAUUAGUGGCUUCGUUUUUUCACCUGUUCUUUAUUUUCUUCAGAUUGUGGCAUGGGAUUCAUGUUGUCUUACUGCUUCUGUGAUUGUUUUUUUUUUGUUUUGUUUCAAACAUUUAAGUGUGAGAUCCACAAAAAAAAAAAUCAAGCAAAAACCAAGAAACAAGUGGCAAAAUCAUUUUUACAAGCCACUGUAUCAAAAAAAAUUGAAGAAUUGGUGUGGUGUUUUUUUGUACAGUUAAAAUUGACUUUGCAGGCUCAAGUUGAGUUGUGGACGGUGUAAGGAUAUGGAAAAGAACAAAAUAAAAUCUCGUAAUGAAAGGCCCUUUAUUAAUAGCUCAUUAAACCUAUACUGCCAGUUUUUCUAGGAUGAAAAGAUUAAAAAUGUCAUAAAGAAUAGAGAAAAU